AUGGAAUACUCGCGGAGGAGAGACACUUCUGGCGAGGAUCUUAAGACUACUGGACCGCCAUUGACAGGCUUUGCAAGCCACGUCGAGACCGUCUUGAUGAAGGAUCCCGAUCCCAGCCUUGAGAAGCACGCCGUUGCCGUUGCCAUCAUCAGCCGCGAGGGCAACGUCAAGGUUAUGUUCGUCUGGGACUCCGACCGGUGGCAGACAGGGAAACAAGUCACCGCCGAGCAGCAUAUGUUCUACCACGAGGAUGGCAUAUGCGAGAUCAGUGGUAUCGUCGACGGUAUCCCCAGCAUCGGUUGGAGCAGACACACCCAUGCACAAAUCCGCCAAAAUACCACCCAUUCAUCUCUAUCAACGACCACAAAUAUGACUACUGAUCUACGACUUCACGAGACGCUCUGA